UUAAAAAGGCAUUUGAAAUGUGUGUUCAAGAAAAGAAUCUGUAGUCUUUUUUUUUUUGUUAGCAAGCUCACAGCAGCAGAAGUAGUCAAUCAGCCCACUUGCUAUGUAAUGUAAUGCUUGUCAUUUCUUUCCACUCUCUUUGUUGCCAUCGUUGUGUCUUCCCAGCCAAAUGACACAGAUUGCUCAAAUGUGGAGGGGAUUUGUCCUCUUCGCUGUGACAGCUUAGAUAUCGAGUGCUAUGUGAUUGACAAUAAUGGCUUUGUCCUCAUUUCUGAACAGCGCAAUAACGCGGGAAGGUUCUUUGGGGAGAUUGAUGGCUCAGUGAUGACCACAUUGAUCAGGAUGGGCAUGUUCAAAAGGUAAUGCCUGGUUGUCAUUCCUCGCCUGAUUGACUGGUUGAACGGCCAUCCUGAGAGAACCUGCGGUUUUCUCACUCUGUGUGAAGUGCCACUUUAUGGGUCCUGUGUCUCCGAACGAAUAUCUGGCUCGUAAUUGCAAUUGUGUCAGCCCCAUGCUGUUUUGCUAUCAGGUUUUAAUUGUAAUUGUGUAAUUAUCUUAAUCAGGGUGGCAGUUUGCAAAUGUUUUCCUUUUGUUUUUUGGUUCUUAGAUACCUAAACAGUGCAUUAGUAUCCAUGCAGUGUAAUGGUACAGUCUCUCUCCUAUGCUCUCUGCAUGCGCCCGUCUGACUCUGUGUUUGUGAUUAAGCUGUCCGUGCCUUUCCUUUUUGCUCCCCUUUGAGUUUGAGGGCUUGGGAUGUUUUUUUUCUUCACGCUUAGUUUUUGCCCAUCUUUGAUGUUUGAAAUCUCCUGAGUGAUGUGCUAUUUUUAAACAGCUAAAAGAUUUCGUCAUGCUUCAUUUGACACAGGAUAUUACAUAACUAGUUUUGAGCGUGGAUGAUCUUUAGUAGCAAUGUGAGCAUAUUUACACUCUGUGAUUUUCUGUAUUUAUGUGUUCUUGUGUUUGACGACUGCGUACAAAAAAACAACAAAAAGAAUUAGUUGUCUGAAAAGUAAUUCUAGUGUUGGGAUCAUUGUAAGUUACAAUAGCUUUCAGGGAUUCUGUAAAGGUUAAGCUCAGCCAAACAUGUGUGGUAGUCUGGAGGGGGGUCAGGGAAUCAAUGUGGGUCGAUACUGCCAGAAGAGCAACACUGUGUGCUUGUUUGUGUGCUCAUGUUUCCUUAGGGUAUCCUUGUUCGACUACCAGGCCAUGUGUAAGAUGAACUCACACUCUGUCAGCAGCGCACGUCCACUUCUCAGUCCGUUCUACGGUUUGGCUUCAGCCUUCAAGUGGUUCCUCUCCAACUUCCUACUAUUUCUCCUGGAGUUCAAUAUCUGUGGCUUCUGGCACACAGAGCAUUUUGCUGACGCCUCAGUUCAUAAGAAAAAAGGGGACAUCCUGCAGCCGUGUGACACCGAGUACCCCAGCUUUGUUUAUGAGCCGUCAGUCAAAGAGACCAACAGCAUUAUUAAGUGCGGACGAUGCCAGAAGAUGUUUGUAGUGCAGCAGAUACCAGAGAGCAACCUGUUGAUGCUGGUGGUGCAAGCAGACUGUGACUGCUCCAAACAGUACCCACCCAUCACCCUGGAGCCAGAGGAAGUCAGAUAUAACUCGUCAGUUAAGUGUGACAGGAUGAAGUCUCAAAAGGUUCGCAGACGCCCCGAGUCUUGCCACUCUUAUCACGCACAGGAGAACGCCGCUGACUGUGGAGGAGCCUCUUUUAUAUCUCCGUCAACCUCUGUUUUCUUCAUGUGUCUCCUUUUUGCUGCUGUUGUUUCCUGAUGACGGAUAACGGAUAACUCUUUUAUGCUUCAUCAUAUAAAGGAGAAGAUGACAAAAACUGAAAUCCUUGAGUGGAUUUUUUUUAAACUACUGAACAGAUUCUGCACAUUUUGCUCACAAAGGCGACAGACGCAAUCUCUGUUUAAGGACCUUGGACGUUAUGAGCAUUUGCUGUUUAACUUCAGAGAAUUACAUUUGAACUAAAAGCUGCAAAAAAGAGAACUUGCUGUACUGUUGUUGCCAUGGAUACUUUUUUCAUUUGUUAUUUUCUUAUGCUCCACAUUGUUUCUCUGAACGAAAAGGGACUGAAGGGUGACGGCUAGCUGUGAUGGGUGUUAAUGAAUAAGAAGUAACGAUUCACACGGUACAACAUGAAAAAGUGAAAAGAGAAAAACAUGCAUUAUUCAAUUUCCAUGUCCCAAUGAGCUGUGUAUUUAUCCACACACAUGCAUAUUAUAUAUGCGUUGGAUACACCCAGUAAACACACACAAGUCUGCAGAUAAUGCAUUAUCUGCAGACUUUUAUAAAUGCAGAAUAGCCAGUGUGAAGAGGGCUGCAGUGGGGGAUACAGGGAGGCACUGUUGUGUUGCUAAUGAGUCACGUUAAUAAUGGACAAGCAGGCACAAUUGGACUCAGUGGAUAAUUAUCUGUGUGAAAUUAAUAUGCAAUAAAGUAAACUAGAAUGGAGUUGUCAGCGUUUAUGGGAACUAUGUUUUCACUUUUUAUUUCCAUCCUAUAAAUGUAUGUUUCUGUGACUAUUAUUUUUACGUAUCUGUCUGCCUUUUUUUGUCUUUUGUCUCUCUGUACAUACCGUAACUAAUUAUGUAUGUCUGGCUAAUGGGCUGUAAAUGCAUAAACGAUAAAUGAGCUGAAGAUCGUCACACUCUAAAAAGGAAAUGUCUAACUUUUCACAUUAAAACAAUGCAUACAUGCAUUUGCAAUGUAUUUGGCACCAAGAAUUUACAUUUUUGAAAAAAUAUACAAAUGUCUUUGCGAUUAAGAAAUAUUUAUAGUUUUUUUUUUAAUAUGGUUUAUGAACGCUCUUCUUAAGCCUUUUUUUUUCUUCAUUUAAAAUGUAACUUUUAUCGCAAUGCUCGCUAUUAUAGCUCAGUCACUAAAAAUAAAAUGUCACAGUAAUAAAAAUGUAAUCUCAGUGUCAGUUAGCACUAUAAAACUAACUGCAUAUGAUAUUUUUGUAUAUAUUUGCCUGUAUGUUUUAUAUUUUGCACUUUUUGCUGAGCACUUAAAUGCAUUUUUGGCUCUGAGUGUCUGUGUAGCCUUUUCUACACCCAUUUUUAAUUGCCUCUCAAAGCACACAUAUAAGUUAAUCUUAUUAAGUUUCUGAGAGUUAAUUAUUUAGCUGUCCUGAUUUUGUUUGUACUCUCCACGGGUUGACAUUGCCACAUCUAUGGCCCUAAUUUGUACUGUGUAAAUAAAAUUAUAAAUUUGG